AUGGGCAAAAAAAGAAAGAUUACGGAUGAAAAGGAUGCUCAACACGUGCCAGCUGAGAAACGAGAGAAAGUAGAAAAUUGGUUAAAGAAAUCUACGGAAAAACCAACAAGUUCACAAUCUGACGCUGAAAAGAAAAAGAAACGUCCAUGGCGUAAUAAGGUCCGUAAACUUGCCGCAAAAAAGGCAGCAGCUGACAAGAAAUCUGAAAAUCCAGAAGAACCUCCGCUGAUUCUCGAACCAAAGAGUUCUUCGGAUGAAAAUACGAAAAAGAAGAGAAAACGGGGCCCAAAAAAGAAGAAGUUCAAGCCCGAAGUUGCUGGAAAAGCUGCUGAAACUGAAAAUGAUGACGUGGCAGCAGCUCCAGAAGAAGCAGAUCCAAUUGCAGAGGCUAAAAAGAGACUUGACGCGGGACGAUUCAGAUUUCUGAACGAAAAACUCUAUACAUGUACUGGUUCUGAAGCAUUUGAUUUCUUCAAGGAGGAUCCGACGGCUUUUGAUCUAUAUCACAAGGGAUUUGCUGAUCAGGUAAAAAAAUGGCCAAAUCACCCACUCCGCGAGAUUAUCCGCUGGCUUCAAUCCAAACCGGAUCAACAAUCAGUAUUCGAUUUGGGUUGUGGAGAGGCUAAAAUUGCAGAAGCCGUUGGAGAAAAGCAUAAGAUUCGCUCAUUCGAUUUGGUUGCAGUGAAUGAUCGUGUUGAGUCGUGCGAUAUGUCGAAACUUCCAGCUGAAGAUUCAUCAGCUGAUAUUGUUAUUUAUUGCCUAUCACUGAUGGGAACAAAUCUUUAUGAUUUUAUUCGAGAAGCUCGAAGAGUUCUUAAAAUUGGAGGAAUUCUCAAAAUCGCAGAAGUCACAUCUCGUUUCGUGUCAAUCAAACAAUUUUGCGAGGCGAUCACAAAAAUGGGAUUCGAGCAAUCACACCGUCGUGAGCUAACCGAUUACUUCAUGAUGAUGGAAUUCAAGAAAGUCGAGAAAGUUGAGCAGAAAAGGCCAUACGGACUCAAAUUGAAGCCUUGUUUGUAUAAGAAACGCUGAUUUUUUGAUUUUUUGUUGAUUUUUUAAAAACGAUGAUCAUUGGAAAUGCGGUUUCCCGUUUUCAAAGAUUUUUCAUCAGUUUUCAAUUGUUUUUGUUGUUGAUUUUGAAAUUGCUGCCUAUUCUGUUCUGAUUUUUCGAAAACUAAAAAUCUUUGAAAAAUGAAUGUAAAUUUAU